UCUCUUGGCUCGCGUGCAGCUUACACCGACCUCUCGUCAGUCGUAUCUGGCGAAUCGAUAGCCUUCGCUCCUGUACUCCAAAUUCUAACCGAGGGAGCCAAGGCUCGUGAUAUCUUUUUCCGUGUAAUCAAACCUGUGGCUUUUUUUUUCGGUGGUGUUGUUCUUUCUGGUUGCGAAACGAUCGGCACUGGUUACACUAUGGCGAACCGCAGUGACGUCGUACAUCUGAAAUCAUCGUCAGCAGUCUCGAACUACCUGCGGGACGAGAUGGAGAGCUCCUCGUUGAUAAUCGACUACCUGAUCUUCAUAUCGUUCAUAGCCUUCUCCUUCGUGAUUCCGUUGUGGGGCAAGUUCAGGGCCCGCAAAAAGACGGAGACAAAGGCCGAUUACGUGUUCGCCAGUGGCUCGGGUGUCUCGAUGGGCGCGAUGAUGCUGUCGAUAGCUCGGGGCACCCUGGGCGUGCGCUCCUUCCUCGGCUACCCAUCGGAGCUCUACUACCGAGGCAGUGCCAUGUGGGAGACCCUCUACGGUAUGCUGUUGGCCUACCCGAUCGUCUGCUUCGUCUUUGUCCCGGUGUACUACAGCCUCGGGAUCACCUCCGUCUAUCAGUAUCUGUUUAUGAGGUUCAAAUCGAAGCUGGUACGAUGUCUCGCCAGCUUUUCCUACGUCAUCCGGAGCCUCUUGAACGUUUCUGUCACGGUAUUCACUCCCUGCGUCGCCUUGAAAACCGUCAUAGGUCUACCCUACUGGGCCAGCAUCUGUGGCAUCACGGCCAUAUCGAUCGUCUUCACCCUGAUGGGAGGACUGAAAGCAGCGAUACUGUCCGACGUCAUCCAAGGCCUAACGAUGAUCGGCGUCUCGAUCAUAAUUAUCCUUCACGGAACCGUAGAUGCCGGUGGUUUUAGUACCGUUGUUAACGUCACCAGCGAACGCGGCCGACUCGAUUUCUUCAACUUCGACUUGGACCCGACCAUCCGAGUGACCACCAUAUCCGCCAUCGUGGGCCAACUGUUUAUGAGCCUCUCCAUAUUUGGUUGCCAGCAGAACUUUGUCCAACGAUACUGCAGCAUGAGCAGCCAAAGGAAAGUCGUCAAAACCAUGAUGGCCAACAUCCCCGUGAUAACGGUGCUGUUCUCCCUGUCGUGGGUUGUUGGCAUGGUGAUAUUCGCCAACUACGCCGACUGCGACCCCAUGAGCCUGGGCUACACGUCAAAGUUCGACGAGAUCGUGCCCUUCUACGUCGAGGACAAGUUCGUCUACCUCCCCGGGCUCCUCGGCUUAGUCAUGGCAACCCUCUUCAACAGCUCCCUCACCAUAACCGUGUCCAUCCUCAACUCCCUGGCCACCGUCACCUUCGAGGACUUUCUCAGCCAAAUCCCCGCCCUGAGCAACCUCAAGGACAUCCAGCAGCUGAAGAUCAUCAAGGCCCUGGCGGUCUUUUACGGCUUCCUCGUCAUCGGCGUCAGUUUCCUCGUUGGUAUGCUCUCGGGUGUCAUCGAGUCGUCCAUGCUGAUGACCUCGGCGACCUCCGGCCCGCUGCUCGGGGUCUUCGUGCUGGCCAUGCUGGUGCCCUGCGCCAAUUGGAAAGGAGCCGCAGCCGGUAUGAUCUUCAGCCACGUGACGACUCUGUGGCUGACGUUUGGCCGGCUGAGUCUCGACAUACCCACGGAAGCGUUGCCGCUGCGCACGGAUGGUUGCCGGAACGACACCUUCUCGUCGCACCUGAUGAAGUCGAAGGACGGCUUGGCGGCGGCCCAAUGGUCGAGCGCCACCAAGGACCACCUGUUCGACGACGAGACCCCCGAGACGGUUCUCGACAACAUAUACAGCAUCACGUACAUGUACUACGCCCUCAUAGGCAGCCUGUCGACGAUCAUCGUGGGCAUCGUCGUUAGCUUGCUCACCGCCGAUGCGAAGGCGGACGCCUACGAGGAGCACCUGUUGCACCCGUGGGUCCUCAAACUGUCCAAGAUGACGCCGGGGAGGCCGAGAUUGUUCACGCCGAGUUCGUGCUUCAACGAGAACAACAACAUCAAUGGCAGCGUUCCCAACGGGCUGGAGGAGUCCGCGAAGAAGAUGCAGGAGCACAGAGUCCAGGCGGACAAUGGCUACAUCGGCCGGCUCGACGCUUUGAAGAAGGUCACGCUGGAAGUGACGAACGAGGUGCAAAAGGGCACCAAAAUCUGAUGGUGCUGUGGACUACUUGUCCAUCGUUUUAUCUACCGCUGCUACUUAUCGAGACUGACACUUGAGCAAAGUGAUAAUGGUAAACGCUGGUGCUUUGGUACGUUGUUUUGACGAUCGACGAGUUAAUGGUCGCUGGGGACUCUGUGCGUGAAACGACGACACGCGCGAGAGUAUAUUUUUGUUUAAUAUAUACUUGGUGCACAGUAUUCGAUGAUAUGCGAAAUGACGAUGAGGUUUUUUUUUGUGUGUGUGGAUUAUGAUGAUUUUUGCAAUGGUGACUUGAAACGAAAACAUGAAAAAAAAAAAAAAAGAAAAAAAAAAGAAAAAAGUAAAACAACAAAAAAUACCAUGCGUUAAUGUAAGAAAGUUUGUUGAUACUCAAUUUUGUGAAGUGACUCCGGAACGCAUAUACAUAUAGGUUUAAGUAAGAUUUUUAUACAGUAGCAAUGUAGGCGUAGACUAUUUGCUUUUCGUUUGCUUGUUAAUUAGUGCUAGAUCGAUCUUAUAGGUUUGAGACUGCUUUCGCGGUGAGAUCCCUUUGUACGCACUACAGCACUUCUGUCCAUGCGAUUUGAUGUUUGAGAUUGUGGUGGUUGAGGUGCAAUACAUGGAAGGGAGUUGAAGAUGAUUUUUCGGGUGGUAAGGCAUUUCUCAACCCCCGGGGAACAUUCGGUGUCAGCCAAAGUCAACUAAAUUUUUAGGUAAAGGCCCUAACGCCUUUUUUAUUGAUAUACGGGAGUAGUACCACGUAUGCGAGAUCUGAUUUAAAGUGCUUCGUUUUCGUGCUCGCGAUAUACUGUUUUUUGAUGAUGAUGAAAAUUUAAACUUGAAAUCGAAAACACCUCUUAAGAUUUUUUAUUUUCUUAUUAAUAAUGUACUUAAUAUUUAGUUGAUGAGUGAAUUCUCAUUUGUCUCUUAACAUUCAAAUCGCCUAAAGCAUCAACGAGUGAGUAAAAA